AACAUAACGGACUAAAUCAAUACCUGACCCGCACUAGAGACUUCUUUCGAUUUGCCGUCCGCAAAGACGAAGAAAACCUAGCACAGGUUGCCUCUUUCGAUCAUUUCCACAAACACCUCACUUGCAAUCCCCGAAACCGAAACUCUCACACACACGAAGAUGUUGGCUGCUAAAACCUUCUCUUCUCUCGCUUCCUCUCUCCCAAAAACCCUCCAAACCCCCAAUCUCACCAUCCCACCACUCUCCUCCACCGCCAAGACCAAACCCCAAAACCCAUUUCUCACCUCAUGUCUCAAAUCAUCCUCACAAGCAAUACUCACUGAAACCCUCUCAACCCAUUCAACCCCAGGUCCAACCCGUGUCAAAAUCCUCUCAGAGGCCUUACCCUUCAUUCAGAAAUUUCGCGGCAAGACCAUCAUAGUUAAGUACGGCGGCGCCGCCAUGAAAUCAGAGCAAUUACAGGCCUCCGUUAUCGCCGACCUCGUCCUCCUCUCCUGCGUCGGCCUUCGCAUUGUCUUCGUCCAUGGUGGCGGACCCGAGAUCAACCACUGGCUGACCCGGUUGGGCAUCAAGUCUAAUUUCCUUAAUGGCCUCCGAGUUACAGACGCCUCCACCAUGGAAAUUGUUUCAAUGGUGUUAGUGGGUAAAGUCAACAAACACCUUGUAGCUUUAAUCAACAAGGCCGGCGCAACCGCUGUGGGCCUAUCGGGCAUCGACGGCCGGCUCUUCAUGGCCCGGCCGUCCCCAAACUCGGCUGAAUUGGGUUUUGUGGGGGAGAUUGCUAAUGUGGAUCCCACUGUCCUCCGGCCGCUCAUCGAUAACUACCACAUCCCCGUGGUUGCGUCAGUGGCGGCUGAUAUGACUGGGCAAUCGUACAAUAUUAACGCGGACACAGCAGCGGGGGAGCUGGCAGCGGCACUAGGGGCGGAGAAAUUGAUUUUGUUAACUGACGUGGCGGGGAUACUCGAAAACCGGUAUGAUCCAGGGAGUUUGGUGAAGGAAAUUGAUAUAAAAGGCGUUAAGAGGAUGAUGGAGGAUGGGAAGAUUGCUGGUGGGAUGAUUCCUAAAGUGAAUUGUUGCGUGAGGUCAUUGGCACAGGGGGUGCAAACAGCGAGUAUCGUUGAUGGAAGGUUGGAGCACUCUUUGCUGCUCGAGAUUCUGACGGAUGAAGGGGCUGGAACCAUGAUCACUGGGUAAAACUAUUGGAACCAAAUUGUUGUUAGUAGCUGAUGUUUGAAUGUUAUUUGGAUUAGGAUUGAUUAAGCUAUAAGAUGAUGUUUUGAUUUAUGGAUAAGAGAUUGAGAAUGUCUGUCACAUGAUUCACGAGAGAGAAGAGAUGUUUUUGUAUCAGUAGGUUUUUUCUAAUAAUGAGCUAAUGAUCCCAAGUACCUUGAAUUUGUGGAUUGAGUUUUGUUUGUUUAGCUGUAUUAUUAUAAAUCAUGAAUGGGCAUCCAUUAAUCUCAACAACUUUUUUG